AUGAGAUGCUCUCAUUGUCAACCAAAGUCGUCACCUUCCUUCCAUCAAUACUCCUCCCCAAAUGUAAAGAAAGAACCCAAGGGCCAUCUCGCAUUAUAUUCAAUGAAAGCUAUACAAACUUGCACUCAAGCAUAUGUGCCUCAAUGUGCUCUAUUGAGCCGUUUUCCUCUUUUUCUCCUUUUUCUUCUUUCUUUCCUGCGCAGUUUCAACUGUACUCUGAUUUUCUUCCUUCAGGCCACUAAGGAUAAGUCCCUGGUUGUAGUAGGACUUCCAACUGUUGAAAUUCCACACAUAGUCACAACAAGAUGUUUGCAAGUUUCCAUUGUUUUCAAUGAAUUCAGUUAUUUAGUGUACGAAAAGAAGAGAUCCUUUGACAUAAUAAACUUUGAGGUUAGUGCUGUUAACUUCUGA